CUAAUUUAAAGGUAAGUUUGUAUUUUCUCUAGAUAUAAGAUGAACAAAGUUAGUCAAGAUCUAAGGGAUAAUGAUGUGGAAAAUCUUAAAAUAUCUCAAAAUUUAUCAUAUUGGGAACAUUUAGGGGGUAAUAAGCAAGGCAUCGCACCUUUAAAAUCGCAGGAUAUUGACACAUACUUUUUCUUAAAUAAAAUUUCUAUUGGUAGACCCAUAAAAAAGGAUUUUGCUAAUUCAAAUGUAAAUUUUAUGGAAAAUUUAUUAUCAAAAAAUAGUUUAAUGUUAAAUGAUUUUAUUAUAAAUAAUGAUAUUCCAAAAAACCAUUAUGAUACUCCAAUGGAGUUUUAUAAGUCAAUGUUAAUAUUGCCAAAAAUUAAUUUAUCAUCUUUGUUAAAUCCUUACAAAGAAUAUUCUUAUAUGAUUCAUAAUAUGAAAACUCAAACAUUUGAGCCAAUUAAAAAAGAAUUUGAAAAAAUUUGCAUAGAUGCUCAAAACAUUAAAUUAGAUUAUUCUCAAGUUAAUAUGAUCAUUAAUGCAUUACAUCAUGAUUGUGAAUCUAUUAAAUUGGACAAGAAAAAGUACCAAGAUUUAUUGGAUCACAUUGAUAAAAUAUUGGCGGUUUUUGAACGAGUUGAUAACAUGCAAGAACGAUUGAUUGAAACAGAGAGUUUGCCAUUGGGCUAUGAAAGCUGUAUUAGUAUGUUUGACCAAAUAUCUAAAGACAUGAGAUUUUUACGUUCCAAAACGAGCUAUAAGGAUUCUCCUAUAUACCUUGCCAAAAGUUGGAAGCAAGCUAACAAAAUAUUGAACAUAAUCAAAAGUAGGGUCUUCAAAAUAAUUGAUGACGCAUUUAAAGCGAUUGAUGUAACAAAUGCCGAUAUUGUAACAACAACUGAAGAUCAUCUUAACAGCUGUAAUGACUCGGAUAAGUCUUAUUUCUAUAAUUCGGAUCCCAUUUUCAAAGAUACUUUUAAUUCGGACGACGCCUUCGUUCGGUUUUACGCUAAAUUCAAGAUUUUGAUAACGGAUAGAUGCAAAAAUUUUAUUCGUUAUCUAGAAAACUAUAAAUAUCCCAAGAAAUACGAAAAUGAAAUGGCCUCCGCAAAAAUUACUACUCUCGUCGAACGAUUGGAUAUAAUUAAGGAAAUCGGUUCUAUACUAAACGAUUGCAAGCUUCAUUAUCUUUCAAAACGCGAAAAAUUGUUGUUUCCUAUUAUACAGAAUACCAUGUACGAUUUGAUGCUAAAACACACCUUUGAUCAUUGCAAUUUGGUUAGAAACGCGUGUUCAUUUUUCUCCAAUCUUUACAACGACGAAAUAAAUCUUUAUCAUCAUAUCUUCAGUAUCCGUACGCCAGAUUUGAGAGAUUUUCUGGAACGAAUGUGCUACAUAUUUUACGAAUCGAUAAAAACUAGGAUAGUCAAAAUCAAACAUUUAGAGACACUCUCCGAACUCUGUUCCGUUUUGAGGGACGAAAUGAACUUUCCUUCUGACAUGAGGGAGGAAACGGAUAAUUAUCUUAAAGAUGAGCAGAAUCAUGAUAUAAGUAAUCAGCCCGAUGGCAGCAAACCAAUCAACGUUUUUGACGAAACGAUUUCCAAAUUGGUAGGGGACGUGAGGGAAAGAUUGGUAUUUAUAACCCACAUCUACGUGCAAAAUGACAUACGGAAUUAUGUGCCCUCGCAAGGCGAUUUAGCUUAUCCUGAGAAACUCAAUAUGAUCAAAGAUAUAACCGAAUCGUUAAAAUCGGCUAAAUCACUUCACGAUAUCUCUAGAAAUAGCGUUACAAUGUCGGAAAGGCUCGAUGUAUCUCAAUUAUCCAGUAACAAUUAUGACACCAGCGAUACGGAAAGCGUGAUAUCAGAUAAAACGGCCGUGACUAAUUCUACCUUGAAUGAUAAAAUUGGUAAAAAUCGAGCGUGUUCUAUCUAUUCUACUAGGUCCAUAAUAAGUAACAAUUCAACUUACCUAAGCAAUACUAGAUAUUCUAAUUCGCCCUACGAAUUGUACGGUCUUUGGUACACGACCGUAAGGAGAUCCGUCAUAUGUUUAUCCAAACUCAAUCGUUGUUUAGAUAAAUCGGUUUUUCAAAGUUUAUCUCAAGACGUGUUAAACGCUUGCUUGGAAUCUCUGACUAAAGCUAGUUCCUUAAUUCGAAAUAAAAGCAGCUUGUUAGAUUCACAGCUUUUCCUCGUAAAACAUUUACUCAUACUCCGUGAGCAGAUAAACCCUUUCCAGACCCGGUUCGCCCAAAAAGAAAUAAUCAUCGAUUUUCCUAAUGUAAAAGAUGCGGCGAUAAAGAUGUUUCACCAUCAAAAAUUAGCUUUUCUAUCCUUCAAAAACAAUGCAUUUUUAGAAUUCAUCUUAAACAGUUCACCCAGCUUUCACGAAAGGUAUUUGGAUAGCAGGAAAUUGGUGGAUGAAAAUUUGAUAGACAUGUGUCAAAGUUUUAUUCGUAAUGCUUCCUUGCUUAUGACAGGAACAAUUGACGAAUUAAUAACACAGCUAAGGAAACAUCAAAGUUCUCCUCAAUCUUUAAAUGCCACCCAAAAUACCAAGGAAUUAAAUUAUUUAGAUAAUGGUCAUAUUGAUGAUGCUAAUAUUAAAUGUUUGCAAAACUCUCCUACACUACCCGAUGGUGAAGAAAUGAGGCUUCAAAUGUCCACUGCUUAUAAAACGUUUAAAGAAAAUGCUAAAUUCGUCAAAAUUAGUUUAGCUUUGUACUUAGCCAACCCCGAUACCGAAUUUAUAUUAUUCAAACCUUUAAAAAUCAAUGCUCAAAGAUCGUUUUGCAAAAUCCGCGACUUUAUAUGCCAAUAUUACAGCGAUGAAGAGCAGUUAAUAAUUGCGUGUCCCACUUUUGAGCAGGUAUCAUUGAUUCUUUCUGAAAGUUACAAUUAAUGGUGAGUCCAUCAAUUUAAUGACACAUGAAAUGAUUGAAAAUUGUGAUUUAUUUUAUUUAAAUAAUAUAUAUUAUUUAUAAAUGAAUAUACGAUAUGAUUAAAAUUUACUAUAUUAUUAUAUAAUAUGGGUUAUAUUAUAUUUAAAAAAAAGGUAUUCAUUCAGGCAUUGAUUUUAUAUGCUCACGAAUUUUUAUUA